AUGGCGACUGAAGACGCAAAGAGUGAAAAGAGGGCAAACGGCACCGAGGCCGGCCCCAACAAGUCGGCGCGCCGCGUCACCUUCUUUGGCCUGGGGAAGCCGUACCACGACUAUGGAUUCCCUCCAGAGGCCUUUGACCAUACUCGCCUUCCCGAUGUCGACAUCGACUUCCUCCGCCCUGAGGACCUCGAGUCCUUUGCCCAGGCACUCGCUGCGCCCGACCCCAUCAACCCAGCCAAUGAUGAUGGCUUGACGAUACGGAGUCCCACGUUGCGAAGUGCCAGCACCUUUAACCUCGACCCGCAGCAGACACCAACUUCCCCGACGGUGCCGACGGCCGAGUCAAGCGGCAUCGGGCUCGGAUACGGGAAUGGCCACGAUAGCCGGAGCGCAACUCUUCGAAUCAGCGAGCGCAACCGCCACGGCAGUCAAGGCAGUCUGCUCAUCUCGGCGCAAAACGACUGGGCACCCGUCAAUGAAAAGGUUGGCAAACGGCGUCGACGGAGGCGCAAGGCGCUGGGCCGCAGUGUCGACGAGGCUCGAGAGGGUAACCUCUACACUCUGCUUCGCUGGCCGUUUCUGCUGGUGACGCUAGCCUGGAUCGCCGGUCUUGGAAUUGCCUAUCUGAGCACCCGGCUCUAUGUAUGGGGCUACGAGUAUUUUGUCGCGUGGCGCGGGCAAAGGGAGCGACUCCGCCGCAGCCUACGCGCCACGAGCAACUACAAGGACUGGUCAAGCGCCGCCAAGGAACUUGACAAGUAUCUCGGCAACGACAAAUGGAAACAAGAGAAUGAGUAUGCAUACUAUGACUCAAAGACUGUUCGCCGCGUCUGGGAGCAGAUCAGAAAGCUAAGGCGGGAGGCCGAGGCCCAGGAACCUGGCCAAGACGACGGCACAUUAGCCAACAGCGUGAGGAGCAAUGAUAGGAAACGGCCUAUUGACGAGUUAAAGGCAUUGAUCGAGGCCAGUGUGAAGAGUAACUUUGUUGGUGUCGAGAAUGCCAGGCUGUACAGUGAAACAUAUUUUGGUACCAAGAACCUUGUACAAAACUUUGUCGAGGAGGUCGAGAAAAGCACACGUCUACUCGUAGAAACAAACCAACUUUCCCACGAACAAAAGCAGACACUUUUCAAGCAUCUCCAUGCCAACUAUGGCCGUACAGCCCUGUGUCUCUCGGGUGGUGCCACGUUUGCAUAUUACCAUUUUGGUGUUGUCAAGGCGUUGCUGGAGGCAGAUCUCCUGCCCGAGGUCAUUACUGGCACGAGCGGUGGUGCGUUGGUCGCAUCACUGGUUGCUACGCGUACAGACGAGGAGUUGAAGCAACUCUUAGUCCCGGCUCUAGCCCACAGGAUCAAGGCCUGCUCUGAGCCCAUGUCGGCAUGGCUGGUCAGAUGGUGGAAAACCGGGGCCCGAUUCGACUCUAUUGACUGGGCGCGGCAAUGCAGUUGGUGGGCUCAUGGUUCAAUGACAUUUCGAGAGGCAUAUGAACGGACAGGUCGCAUUCUCAAUGUUUCCUGUGUACCUGCCGAUCCCCACUCACCAACUAUUCUUUGCAACUACCUGACCAGCCCCGACUGUGUCAUCUGGUCGGCUGUUCUGGCCUCGGCUGCUGUACCAGGAAUUCUGAACCCAGUCGUGCUCAUGAUGAAGAAUCUGGAUGGGUCACUAAGCCCCUAUUCAUUCGGACAUAAAUGGAAGGAUGGCAGCCUGCGAACCGAUAUUCCCAUCAAGGCGCUGAACCUCCACUUCAACGUCAACUUUACAAUCGUCAGCCAGGUCAACCCUCACAUUUCAUUGUUCUUCUUUUCUUCCAGAGGCACGGUCGGCUCACCCGUAACACACCGCAAGGGUCGGGGUUGGAGAGGCGGUUAUCUGGGCUCUGCCACGGAGCAAUAUAUUAAACUCGACUUGACUAAAUGGCUCAAGGUUCUCAAACACCUUGAACUACUUCCACGACCCCUUGGUCAGGACUGGUCUCAAUUAUGGCUUCAGCAAUUCGGCGGCACUAUUACCAUUUGGCCCAAGUCGAAACCCAGUGAUAUUCUUCGCAUUCUCUCAGACCCUGAUCCGGACCGCUUGGCUAGAAUGAUACACGAAGGACAGCAGAGCGCUUUUCCAAAGUUGCAAUUCAUUGCCAACAGACUCAAGGUGGAAAGGCAGAUUGAGCGGGGACGUCGCGAGACGAGAAAUAUCAGAAAGGGCAGCUUGGACAAUUUUAUUGACGAGGAUGAUCUCCAAAGCCUGCUGCUCAAAGGUAGUGUCGGCACAGACGAGGAAGUAACUGGCGAAGAGGAUGACGAGGAACCCUUGGAUGAAUACGCUAUUGCGGAUAGCGAUUUUGAAGGAAUGACGGAGAGUCCUGGCGUGUAUAAGGAUGAGCCGGACGAGCAUGAUACCGAGGCGAAGGAGACUCGAGAGGAGUAG